AUGGCCAAGCCAGGAAAUGUAACAAAGUUCUACCCGGAAGCCUUUAAACCAUUUCCUAGGGCUUGUCCAAUCACUGAUUGUACAGCAAUAUAUGUUCACAAACCCUCUGUAGCAGAGGCACAGGCACUGAUAUACUCUAGUUACAAGAGCCAUAACACAUCCAAAUACUUGGUAAGAUCAUUUAAACCAUGUUUGCCUUAACAUGAAUUUUUUAAAGAAUUUUUUAAAGUAUUUAAACCAUAACUUAAAACCAUGCGAUAAGAAAUAAUUUUCAAGUAUUAAUUCAUUCAUUGUUCAUGUUUUUAUUUAUAUAAAGUGUCCAUCACUCCCAGCUGGAAUUGUUUCAUUUGUGUCAAAAGGCUAUGGAGGCGUGUCAUCUGAUAGAUUUAUAUUUUCUGAUUCUGGUGUGAUCUCAAAAUUCUCUUCCAACUCAGCUUGUAUGGUUGACUGUGUUUUCAAUGUACAGGGUUUUCUUUUAACAAAGCAAGUAAAACUUUAUAUGCCUCCAUUUACCAAAGGUCAGGAACAAUUAACAAAGGUAAACGUUCUUCAGGGUUGGGCAAUUGCAAAAGCUAGGAUUCAUGUUGAGCGUGCCAUCCAGCAUCUGAAACGAUUCCGACUUUUCCAGUCUGUGGUGCCUCUGACUCUUAAGGACACACUGGAUGACAUGGUUAUUGUUUGUGCAGCGCUCACUAAUUUACCGCCACCAUUAAUUGGUUAA